CAUGAGCGGCGGCUCCGGGGCCCUACAGCCAACCAGCAGGGGAGGCCGGCGCCGUGCCAGUCGCCCCGUCGCCGCGGCUCCGCGCCGAGAGCGGCCGGAGGGCAGUCGCUGAGGUAACCGCGGUGGCGAGGCGGCAGCCCCAUGUCCCGCAAGGCCAAUGUGGAAUACACGCUGCGGAGCCUGAGCAACCUGAUGGGGGAGAAGCGGCGCCGGCAGCCGCCGCCGCCGCCCGCGAGGCGCGAGGGCUCGGCGAGCCUGGGGGAGCGGAGCCUGAUCGCCGCCGCCGAGUCCUGCUCCAGCCUCAACAGCCAGUCGUCCGGCGGCGGCGGCGGCGGCUGCGCGGAGUUGGAGCGGGCGGCCCGGCGCCAGUUCCAGCAGGACGAGACGCCCAGCUUCGUGUACGUGGUGUCGGUCUUCUCCGCCCUGGGCGGCUUCCUCUUCGGCUACGACACCGGGGUGGUGUCCGGGGCGCUGCUGCUGCUCAAGAAGGAGCUGCACCUGGACGCGCUCUGGCAGGAGCUGCUCGUCUCCAGCACGGUGGGCGCCGCCGCCCUCUCGGCCCUCUUCGGCGGGGCGCUCAACGGGUGGUGCGGCCGCCGCGCCUGCAUUCUCCUGGCCAGCUUCAUCUUCGCGGCCGGCGCCGUCCUGCUGGCCGCGGCUCAGGAUAAAGAGACCCUGCUCGGAGGGCGCCUCGUGGUGGGGCUCGGCAUAGGUAUUGCUUCUAUGACAGUUCCAGUAUACAUUGCAGAAGUCGCUCCACCUCAUCUAAGAGGCAGAUUAGUUACUAUAAAUACACUUUUCAUCACAGGAGGACAGUUCUUUGCAAGUAUUAUAGAUGGAGCCUUCAGUUAUCUUCCUAAGAAUGGAUGGAGGUAUAUGCUCGGCCUUUCAGCAGUUCCAGCUGUAAUACAAUUUCUUGGCUUCCUCUUUCUUCCUGAAAGCCCCCGCUGGCUUAUUCAGAAAGGACAGACUCAAAAGGCACGUAGAAUUCUGUCACGGAUGCGGGGAAAUCAAACAAUAGAUGAUGAAUAUGAUAGUAUCAAGAAUAACAUAGAGGAGGAAGAAAAAGAAGUUGGCGCAGCUGGACCUGUGAUCUACAGAAUGCUGACCUAUCCUCCAACUCGAAGAGAGUUGAUUGUGGGCUGUAGUUUUCAAAUGUUCCAACAGCUGGCAGGUAUUAACACAGUCAUGUACUACAGUGCUACCAUUAUGCAAAUGUCAGGUGUUCGAGAUGACCGACUUGCAAUUUGGCUUGCUGCAGUUACAGCAUUCACUAAUUUCAUUUUCACUCUUGUUGGAGUCUGGCUUGUAGAGAAAAUAGGCCGCCGCAAACUUACACUUGGAAGUUUAGCAGGCACAACUGUGGCACUUGUUGUUUUAGCUUUGGGGUUUUUGCUGUCAGCUCAAGUUUCACCACAAGUUACUCUUAACACUGAAAGCCCUUCAGGCCAAAACUCCACCUGCACAAAAUAUAGUUAUUGUAAUGGUUGCAUGCUGGAUCCAAUGUGUGGGUUUUGCUAUAAACUGAACAAGUCAAGUGUUGUCGAGUCCUCUUGUGCUUCGGUUAGUGAGAAAUCGACAAUGGAAGCAGCUUGGGGCAGAUGCUCAAAUGAGACCAGACUCAAAACAGAAGACAUCUUUUGGGCCUAUAACUUCUGCCCAACCCCGUAUUCAUGGACUGCACUGCUGGGACUUGUUUUGUAUCUAGUUUUCUUUGCACCAGGAAUGGGACCAAUGCCUUGGACAGUAAAUUCCGAAAUUUAUCCCCUUUGGGCAAGAAGUACAGGAAAUGCAUGUUCUUCUGGUGUGAACUGGAUUUUCAAUGUUCUGGUGUCACUGACGUUUCUGCAUACAGCUGAAUAUCUGACCUAUUAUGGAGCAUUCUUUCUAUAUGCUGGAUUUGCUUUUGUGGGCCUCAUUUUUCUCUACGGCUGCCUUCCAGAGACAAAAGGAAAAAAACUAGAGGAAAUUGAAGGCUUGUUUGAGACCUCGCUAUGUACAUGUGGCAUUUCAGAUUCUGAUGAUGGGAGGUAUAUUGAAUAUAUCCGGGUGAAGGGAAGUAAUUACCAUCUUUCUGACAACGAUGCUUCUGAUGUGGAAUAAAUUUCAGCUGCCGAUCAAUUAGAUGAUUUAAAAGCCUUGGUGGAGGGAUAAUGGAGGAGCUGCUCUUAAUGACCUCGCUGGCCUAUUUCUGGUCUGGUUCUCCUUCCUACUGUCUGUAUGGAAUUGGUUUCCUAUUUUAAACUGUGUCAUUUGGGGAAAUAAAAAUAAAACACAACAUCAUUCUAUCAGCUAGUCAAAAGUUGAUCGCAAAGAAGAAUUGGCAAGAAAGAAAGAGCUUGCAAAGUGGGGGUUAUUCUGGGAGGAUAUAAGCAUUCCUGUUAUGGACACUGCUGCAUGGCUGAGGUCCUUGAAACGGCAACGCAAGAUUCAGUCAAUGAGAUGCCAUGUAGUUGACCAGCUUGAAAAAUGCUCAAAAGAACAAUAAGUCAGAAACCAGAUGACUCAUAAAAGUAGUUACCUAGCAACCCAGACUUGGUACAAAAACGACCCAUCUCUAACAAGUAAGCGGAGGGAGGGAAAGAAUCAGCUGCUUCUUGUGGAAAUUGUAUCUUAUUUUAAUGUUACUACUCCUCUUAAAAAGCCCAUUGAUCUUGUGUGCGUGGAGAAGGCAGGUCUUAGCAGCUUCCUCUGUGGCUUGCUCUCUUUGGAUGUUCUUAUCUUUACAAACCCAAGUCUGUCCCGUUGGCAUUGCUUUGCACAAGGAAAUCUGAGAUCCUAGGAUUAUAGCAUUUUAAAUGAUCUGAGUUCUGUGACACACAAAACAUCUGGGAUUCUACCAGGCCUGUGGAGAAGAUUUUCCUUUGUCUUGUUUGUCUUCAUGGGCUAGGUUGCCAGCAAUACCUUUUACUUUUCUGUUUCUUUAAAUUUUAUCUCUUGUUGAAACUUAAUAAUGUUUUAUUGGUUGCGGGAGAAAUCUCAACAGCAAGUGGUACUUUGCUUGCAUUCAGUGCUAGAACCUCACCAAGGCUAUUUCUAAGCAAGUAGUUUGGCUCUGAAUUAGCAGGGACUUCAGUUCAGAGUGAAAGCAUAGCGAAGUGACUGAGAAGGAUGAAGUGGACUGUGGCAGCUUUCAACUUCUUAAGAAGCAAGAGAAUGGUUCUCUGCUGGCCUUCUUCCAUGGAGGCACCAGAUAAUAUUGUCAUCAGAUAGUUGCAGUUCACCAUUGCCACCUGUCUGACUUUUCAGACUUUUAUUUGUGGUCACCUUUUUGCACAAUGAAAGGUGCUUGUUAAACUUGUUGAGGCCUUGUAGGAAUCUAUUGUCUUUGGGGCAAGGGCAGCCAUUCUUUCAGUGUUCAAGGGCCACAGGGAGCAGGACAGUAACAUCGCGGAAGGGGGUGAAUUUUCAGGGAGGGGACCUGGGAAGUGUUUACCAUUGCUUUAUGUCAAACCUAGAAGAAGCCUUAAUAACUUUUGAAACCAAUCCACCAGCACUCCCCCACCCCACCCCACCCCACCCCACCCCAAAACUAGAAGCAAUUCAAUCUCUUGCUUCUGGGCAGUAUGCCACUGGCCCUCAGCAGCAUAAAUUUCUUAGGUUUCUGGGAAGUGCAUAAGGAGGGUUAAGGGUCCCUGUGAGUCCCCACUUUGGUAUUUCCUUGCAGGACUUGUGAUGAACACUCUCUCACAAUAACACCAGUGUUUCUCUAGAGGUGGGAAAGAGCAAAGAGAAGGUGUUUUAAUCCAUUGUAGAUUGAGUGAAAAUUCAUUAUUUCACUGGUCUUUUAAAAAAGUAAUGCCCCAAAGAUAUAUGGACUACAGAAAGUGUAAGAAGAAAGUGUUACUGUCAUAUAUAAUAGUCAAUUUUAAACUCUCCCAGAUGGGGAAGAAAGUAAUAUAACUUUCUUCACUAAAAAUAUUUUAAAAAGUAAUUUUGGAGGAAGUAGAACAGUUGACUGAUUAAAGAUUAAAAUAUCAUCUUACAUUUUCUUUCAUUUGAUGGAUUAAAAUUCAGUCCAUUAAAUCCAAGGCCCUGGAUUAAUGAAAGAUAAUAUUCAUGUAAGAUGGAAAGCGUGCCACGUACCACAUGUAUUAUAUAAUUAAGGAUUCAGUAAUCAUACAGUACUUAAAUAAUGUUAUUCCUCAUUAACUAUGGUAAAUUAAAUGAAUAAGUCAUAAUUUAAUAAUAUGAGGCUUAAAAAUAGCAAUCAUAUAAAAAAGAAAAUGUGCCAUUCUUCCUCUUUUAUUCACAUCAAAAUGUAAAUGCUUGUUCACAUAUAGGAAUAGUUUUUCAGUAAAUAGCAAUCCUGCCUCAACAGUUGAUAUUACAGUCAAUGCAGCUCAGUUGCUCCACUUGACUCCACCUGCCAGCAGUAAACUAAUGAGGAAGUAAACAUAUUUAAGCCUGGCUUCAGGGUUUGAUUUGGCAGUGGAGCAGAAAACCAACAGUUUGUGCUCAGAUAUGAUGGAGUACAUCCUUACUAGUUUAGCUACUCCAACAAGAGGGAGAAGACAUUUGGGACAAUCUGGUACACAAACUGUCUGUUCACUUCUCGUGAUCACUAAACUAGGAUCCUCUUCAGUUCUGCCUUACUGCUACAUCCAAAUGUUGAUAUGAGAAACUGGCUUGUUAUCCCCCGCUUUGGGAUGAUGAUCCUUCAACUUGUAGGAUACGAGUAAACGUCUGUUUCUCUGUAUCUAAGUAGCUAUAUGUUAACGUAAAUAGAACGUGUGGAAUCAAUAUGUGGAAUAAGUAAUUCAUUUUGUCAUAGUACAUGAGAUUAAAUUCCUAGAUUAGGUGGAACUGAGAGCCACUCAAUUUUACUAGAUUCUAGGUUAUAAAAAUUACUUCCCUUGUGACAUGUGACAGGCAGGACUGAAUAUCUCUAGGGGAGAAAUAUAAAAUGUGGGACAUCUAACACAGCUGCUGCUCUUCUUCUGAUGCUCCAAAGCAGUGUUUCUCAACCUUAGCAACUUUAAGGUAUGUGGGUUGGCUGGCUGGCGAAUUCUGGGAGUUGAAGUCCACAUAUCUUAAAGUUGCUAAGUCUGAGAAACACUGCUCUAAAGGUUUACUCCAGUUUCUGUGGACAGAUAGGCAAUGGCAUCAAAUGUAGUGACAGAGAAGUCCAUGCUGAGUUUGCAGUGCUGAUUGUAUGAUUAUAGAAAGCAGGUUCUUAGCCAGAAGGACAUAUGCAGUGGUUUUAAUAUCCCCUAGCUGCCUCUGUUUCAACAGCCAAACUACUUUUUUGAGCCCUCUGAAAGUGGCUCAACCAAGGAACUGUUGAAGUGGAAUCCAAGGGACUAUUGAAAAUAAAACUACAAAAAAUGAGGGUGCAAAUACAUACAUAUCUAUGAUUUACAGUUCUCCUUGUGUCAAAGCUUUCAUAUUUCACAAAGCUUUUCCAUUCCAAUUCUGCUAAAUAGACAGUGUUGCCUUAAAAUUAUUAAUCUUCCCCAUUGUUUAUAAGGAUGGGCCAUCCCAGGAGCAUCCACAGCCGCUUGCUCCUGUGAUGAGAAUGAGGAAAGCAUAAGCUCCGCCCCUUUGGGCUGUAGAAAAGAGGCAGGGCUUGCAUCCUGAGGCUGCUCUGCUACUCUGCCCCUCUUCCUAACUAAAUGAAACCUGAUGGCUUUUAUGAUGAAACUGGUUUCUGCCUUGUGCUAAAGGUGUUCUGACUUCAGUAGCAUAGAUGUUCAAUUUUCAAGCACGUUGUUAUGACCAACAAAGUCCAGUGACAGAGUUAUACCAAAAUGCUGCCCUUAAACAUGCCUUUACUGUUUUCCCUGCCUAAAGCCUUAAUCUGGGAAAAAGCAUCCAGCGUGUGUGUGAAAGGGACCUGUGAGGCAAGUUCAACAUGGAGAUCAGCACUUUCGAAGGAUUUCGGUUUAAAGCCAAGUGGGAUAAUCAGUGAUCUCCUCUUCCUCUUCUGCUCCAAUUAUUUACUCUGGGACAACAGUAAUUAUGCAUGGCUUCCCUAAUUAUUGCUCUGAUAGAAUAUUGUCACAAAGCAAUGUGCUGUGCUUUGCAAAUGAGGUUCCAGUUUAUAUUAACCUUCCUAUUUUUCAGACUGUGCUGAGGCUUCUGUCAAUCAAAAAGCAUUAAUCACCAUUUUAGUUUCCUGGCAUUUGUUCACGUCACGCUCAGCCAUGCACCCUUUGGAAGCUUCUUUAUCUUCUUAUGAAAUGUUUUUCAAAAGUCAGUCUGAUAUUGCCCGACCCUCCACCUGUUAGAAGUUGAAAGCAGGACCUGCACUAAAGAGCACAAGAUCUGCUGCCCCCUUUCUCUAAGCAGACCUCCCGGUGCACGUCUUCCUUUGGAUAUUGCUUUAUCGUUUAGCCCUGCCUUAGUCAGUUAUAGGACUUAUUUAUAAUAAUGCUGAAUUAAAUGAAUACUUGAAAUAAGCCCUAUACAAUUGGGUGUUUUAUUUUUAGAAUCUAUGUUUAUAAUGAAUGAAUAAAGGUGAAAUAUUUCUAUUUUCCAAGAAUUUUCUUUAUAUUUUGCAUACUUUAAGUUCAAGAAAGCUAUGUUACCGAUCUAGCAUUCUAAAUACAGUACAGUUACAGUAUAUCAAAUUAAUUUCUUAGAUCAAAAUGUCUAUUUUUAAUAAAGUUACGAACAAGCUGAAGCACAAUACUUACCUGAAUCAUUCUAAUAUUUAAUUAUUUUUAGAAGUCUGUUGAGUUCAAGUCUGUUUUAAAAAGUCAGACAUGAUAGCUUUCAAGUAGUGUGCUAGUAUGAUUUGAGAAAUCUCAAAUAUUGCUGCUGCUGCUGCUGCUACUAAUCGUCUGUGUCAAUCUAGCAAAAGCAAUCCCCAGAUGGCAAGAUCUGCUUGAUGGCUCAGGCCCUUAAAUGGCCAGCAGCCAUCAUGUUUACUAUUAUCUAUACUGGAUUGGAUAUUAGGAAACCUUUUAAUAGAAGGCAAACCAGCUCCAGGUUAGAUAGCUUAAUUCUUCUUUUUCUUCCACUUAAUUUAUCAAAAUCCUUCAACUUGUUUCAAGGUUCCAACAGCUUUUUAAGUGGUGUGCGUUAUUUUGUUGAUCAUUUUCCUCAGUCAGCUUGUAAAACCUGAUUAUGUAGAAAAGCUGUUUUGGAGACAUUUAUACAAACAUGUAGGCUCACAUAUUUUGAGUGCAGAUUUUUAUUCACUAGAUUGUCCUAUGAAUUAGAAAAAAAGAUGCUUCAAAUGGAAUUGAUUUUGCGAGAAAUUUACAAAAGAAAUUGGAAAUCAUUAAAACCAUGGGGGGAAAUACCAAUUAGGUUAAUGUUUAUAACUGACACCCACCAUCAAUGAAGAUUAGAAGUGGUUAUUGGGAAGAUGUUAUGAGCUGUUUUUAAAAAUUAAAAGAGUACUAAAUUUUGAAGUACUUAUAGUAAACUUAGAGAAAUAACUUUGGAUGUUUUGAUAAACAUAUUAAAUGGAUACAAUCUUCUUAAAUACAAAAAUGUAAGACUUCUUAGAAGCAUUUCUACAGUAGGCAUAGAGAAACUCUCCCAGAUAGAGAAUGAAAACUAGGCUGCCGUGAUGUGAAAGAAUUGAGAUGUUAGGUGCAGAUAUUUGCUGACAUUAGAUAAGCAAGGAUUACCAAGCCAUUCAUGUGUGAGACAGCGUAGUGCGUCUAGGAUUUGCAUCCCCGAUCAGCCUCCGGGGGUAGUUUUGUUGUAGUGUUCAUCGUCAUUAGACAUGGCUACUAUAACUGAUGGGAGCUGGGUUUCAGCCUAAUUUUGUGGGACUUAAUCCAGGACAGAUAUAAUGAGGUUUAUCAGGUUUGCCUUAAAUAGAAAUUCUAGUUUGUACUACAAACAGCACAUUUUAGAAUUGGAAAGAUUCAAACAUGAGCCCCCCACUGCAAAAAUCCACACCACUUGCAAAGAAUGCUAAAGCAGCUCCUCCCCUCUCCGCAAGCAGACUUUUGAUCUGAUUUAUUAAUAUUAAUCCGUAUAGCUUGUUUGGGCUCCCAGUUUCUUUUUUUCCUUUUUAAGGUGUACUUUUGGUGGAGAAAUUGGAGCUCAGAUAGGCCCAUCUCAAUAUUCUGAACCCAAUAAUAGAAUAUUUCUGAACCCAUUCUAGAGAGUUCACCUCUUGGAAGACUGGAAUCUGUCAUUUUAACUUCUGGCUCCUUGUGUUCAGUCUUGAAGAAUUCAGACAUCAAUUCUGUCUGGGGAAUUCUGGGAGUUGAAGUCCACACAUUUUAAAGUUGCCAAGUUUGAAAAACACUGGUGUAGAUAGUAAUGACAGAGGUAAGAACUAAAAGAUAAGUUAUCUGCCAUCCCUAUUCCUUCCACUGCCUUUGAUUUUCCACAUUCUACCCUUUCCCUCCCAAAGUAAGUUGGAGUUCUAGGAAAAAGCUGAUAGACUGGAUUCCGUUAAUCCUGGGCAGCAGGGGGCUUAUACUCAAAGGAAAACCAGUGUAUCUUUUGAUGUAAAUGAGCUUUUGUCAGAUUCCAUAGAUACUUUUGUACAGCUGCUGCUGCUUUCAAAGUAAAAGUGCCCAGUUGCUUGUGCUCCUGAUCAUCAUCCCAUUUCAGUCCCAUUUCACCCUUAUUUUGAAAAUCUGUAGCAGCUUUUUUCAGUUUGGUGUUAUCCAUAUGGGCUGGGAUGGCUGAUCAGCAAGUUUCAGGAGCUGUCAUGUAGCUGGAAGGCCCCAGUCUUAUGUAUAGGAAACAGAGAGAUAUAAUGAAGUCAGUGUUUAAGAAGUUGGAAAGAAUGUAUUAUAUUUUUAUUUUAAUAUGAAGAUUACAGACCUGAGAAGCACUUUAACCAUCACUCACUUUGAUCUGUGCAUUUUUAUUUUGUUUCUUCUCUGGAUGUGUCUCAGGCCAGAAGUAGGUAGGCACAAUAUGUGCUUUAUGGUUUUAAAAAAUGUGUAUUGCGGGUAACUUUACAGCUUAAAUGUAGCUACAGAUUAUAAGAAGAUUCUGAAAUGUUCUUCAGAUUUAAAUGAGUCACAUUUUUCAGUUUAAAAAUGUGAUUUUCUAGCAGUCUUCAUCGCCUUGUGUACAGUUAUCAUUUAGCCUGGUCUACAGGAUGGCUUGAGUUGCAACAGUGUUGAAAAUAGGCAAACUGUAUGUUAGGGGCAAAUGAUUUUGGUUCUGUAAAAUGAUGUAGAUUUAACCUAGGAAUCUAUUGGGCAGUUAUUUGUUCUGAUUAUUUUCACAUAAAGGAAGAUUUUUUUAAUGUACCAAUAAUCAUCACUGUGGUGUUUUUGUAACCAAGUGCUAUUGUUCAAAAGUACUGUAUAUGAAAAUAUUUUAGCCACCAGAUUUGUUAGUAUAUAUUUCCUAAUCUUACUUCUAUCCUUGGAAUCAAGGCAGUAAAAUCAGUGUAAGAAACUAGUUUAUAUCAUACUUUUUUGUAUGUGCUAAAUAUCUAAUAUUAAAAAACUGGGCAUGUGUAAUGAGCAUACUUCCUUCUUUUUUAUCCCCUUCCCCCCAAAUGGGUAUAUAGACAUUUUUGUUAAUUUUGUGUGACAUACCAGUGGAGAAUAGAAGGCUGUACAUGUCUGUUCGUGAUUGGAUACAAUGCUUAAACAAAAGUUCAUUUUAUGUAGGAGACUAGAUAUCAGGGAAAGGGAUUACAGAAUUUUUUUUUUCCCAUGUGAAAACAUUUAAUGUACAUUUCCCUACACAUAGUCAUUCCAAUAUUAUGGUGUUCAGAAGCAAUUUUAUCACAUCAUGAAAUCCUGCUUUCACAUAGGUGUAAUUUUAGGCAUAUGCCUGGAGAGGUGAAAUGGAGAUGGUAAAAGAACAAGUGACUGUUACUUGCCACUUCAAAAAGACAUUAGAGUUAGUGUUGCCAUUGAUUUUCUUUUCAGCAUUUAACAUGUGCCAUUUUAUUUCUCCAGCAACCAAGCCUAUAAUGUAUAAAAAGUGGUGUAUAUUUUUUUGAAAAUGUAGUGAUAUGAGGUUGACUGUUUUUAUGUUCAAACUGCUCUACUGACAACUCAGUCUCUCUCUGUAUGUAAAGAUAAAUAUCUUUUAAAAACUGUCUGACAAUAGUAAAUGAACAAAAUAAAAGAUAAUUGAUUACAGAA